AUGGAUAUUAAAACACCUUCAUCAUAUGGUACACCUCAUUUUUCUCGCUUAAAAUCAUUCUUUUCAGGAAACAAAGGCAACCAUGCAUCUCCUUAUGCUUCUUCACUCACAAGUACAGUUGUUGGGUUUACUAUACCGAAUGAUUUUGGUGAUUUAAAGCAUGAAAAAAGCCUUAAGAGCAACAGUUGGUUUUCAUCGACCAUUUCUACAGCCACCACAAUUAAACAACACAAGCAUCAAAAGAGUGGCGCCAGUAGCUUCGUCAGUAGCUACAGUAUUCAGAACAAUAAAUUAUCACCGCCACCACCUUCCUGCUCUAAUUAUACAUUGAACCAGUGUCUUUCCAACAAGAACCUUCACCGCCGUUCUUACGCAGCGAACAGUGUGAAAAAAAGGCAAUUAGAAGUAGGGCCCAGUAGUUUUACAAAGAUCCGUAUGCUCGGCAAAGGAGAUGUAGGCCGUGUCUAUCUCGUCAAACAGAAGGGCACGGAUCGCACGAUGGCCAUGAAAGUGCUGUCAAAAAAGGAAAUGUUGAGAAGGAACAAAGUCAAACGAGUGCUAGCAGAACAAGAGAUCUUAUCCAGCGCCAAUCAUCCAUUCAUUGUCACGCUCUAUCAUUCGUUUCAAAGUCAAGACCAUCUUUAUUUUGUCAUGGAAUAUUGUUUGGGUGGAGAGUUCUUUCGAGCAUUGCAAUUAAGGCCCGGUAAAUGUUUACCUGAAGAAGGUGCUAAAUUCUAUGCUGCUGAGGUUAUUGCUGCUUUGGAGUAUCUUCAUCUGCAUGGCUUUAUUUAUCGAGACCUUAAGCCAGAAAAUAUAUUGUUGCAUUCAAGUGGACAUUUAAUGCUAACAGACUUUGAUCUCAGUAAACAAUCGCUUCCUCCCUGUCCACCUGCCAUUGUCAAGUCAAAUUCACCCCAUAUUCCACCUUCCAUUGAUACCCGCAUCUGUAUUGCACAAUUAAGAACAAACAGUUUCGUUGGCACAGAAGAAUACAUUGCACCUGAAGUUAUUCGAGGCUGUGGGCAUACAAGCGCAGUUGAUUGGUGGACUUUAGGUGUUUUAGUGUAUGAAAUGUUGUAUGGUACAACACCAUUUAAGGGGUCAAAUCGUAAUGAAACUUUUUCUAGCAUCAUUCGAUCCGAAGUGUGCGUUCCUCCUCCUCAUAAAAAAAGACCGCAGGCGGUUUCAAAUGUAUGUAAAUCUUUUAUUCGUCGGCUGUUAGAGAAACAAGAAAGCAAGCGAUUGGGAUCAAAAUCAGGCGCUUCAGAAGUCAAACAACAUCCAUUUUUCAAAUCUAUCAAAUUUGGUUUGUUAAGACACAUGACGCCGCCUAUUGUGCCUGGUACUUCUCCACAACCACAACAGUAUUAUGGCGUACCAAGAGGUCCUCGUAGCGAAAGCUUAGAUUUGGAUUUAGAAGAUGAACUUGAUGUUCAUGAUUCUCAAGACCCUUUCUCCGAGUUUAAUUCAGUAACUUUGUAUCACGAAGGAGAUUCUGAUGCAGAAACGAUUGUUUUAACAAGUGACGAAGAAUAA